AUGUCUAAAACACACACGCAGCCCCCUCCAUCUUCGGCAGCGACGACUACCGGGGGACCCUCUUCGUCUUCUUCGUCUUCGCCCGCAGGGGGAUCGACCUCUCCUGCAACCGUGUUAAACGUACAGCCCGAGAAACCUCAACAUUACACAUAUCUCAAGGAGUUCAGAACUGAGCAAUGCCCCCUGUUUGUACAACAUAAAUGUACACAACAUCGGCCUUUUUCCUGUUUCCACUGGCACUUCCUGAACCAGCGGCGCCGCAGACCCAUCCGCAGACGGGACGGGACCUUUAACUACAGCCCAGAUGUUUACUGUACCAAAUACGAUGAGGGGACGGGCACCUGUCCAGAUGGAGACGAAUGUCCUUUUCUCCAUCGAACGGCGGGUGACACGGAGCGAAGGUAUCACCUCCGCUACUACAAAACUGGAUCCUGCAUCCAUGAAACGGAUGCAAAGGGCCACUGCAGCAAGAAUGGUUCCCACUGUGCCUUUGCUCACGGAUCGCAUGACCUACGCAGCCCCGUCUAUGAUAUUAGAGAAAUGCAGGUGAUGGAAUCCCAAGGCAGCUCGGGAGCCCCUGAUGGGGGUGGAGGAGAUGGGCAGUCAGGACAGGCGGCAAGCACGGCCCUGAUCGAGAAGAUCCUGAGCGAGGAACCGCGCUGGCAAGAUAGCAACUACGUGCUGUCCCACUACAAGACCGAGCUCUGUAAGAAACCUCCUCGCCUGUGUCGCCAAGGUUACGCCUGCCCCUACUACCACAACAGCAAGGACCGGAGACGCAGCCCCCACAAGCACAAAUACAGAGCGCUGCCCUGCCCGGCGGUGAAGCAGAGCGAGGAGUGGGGGGACCCCAGCAAAUGCGAGGGCGCCGAGGGGUGCCAGUACUGCCACACCCGGACGGAGCAGCAGUUCCACCCAGAGAUUUAUAAAUCCACCAAGUGUAACGACAUGCAGCAGAGCGGCAGCUGCCCCCGCGGACCCUUCUGUGCCUUCGCUCACGUGGAAAGGGGGUCCCCCCCCCCCCCCCGCUCUGUCCCCGCUGAUCUGCUCUACCCCCUCCCCGGCCAGGAGGCCUCUCCGGGCCCCGGCGGGGGGCCCGGGCCCUCGUCCCUGUCAGACCCCUUCUCCCCCUCGGCCGUGUCCCGCAUGGCCGAGCAGGGCCUGCUGGGGAACGUCCUGUCCCUGUGUGAGGACGUCUGCGGGGGGGCGGAGCCUCUGUCUCCCUGGGCGGGAGAAGGGGGGUACGGCAGGGCGCCGGGAUUCGAGCGGGAGGAUCAGGCCAAACACAGGAGCUUCGCCCUGGAGCCGCGCAGCCGGGAGCCCUCGUCCAAUCAGAGCAAGCAGGACCUGCUGGUCUUCCUGCCGGUGGGCAGCCCGUUGAGCCUCUCGUCCAGCGUCCCGUCCAGUCUGGCCGCCACGCCGCCCAGCCCCGCCGCUCUGGGGCCGCUGGGCUCCAGCAUCACCUCAGGCAUGAACGCCAACGCCCUCCCCUUCUACCCCACCAGUGAGACCGUGGAGUCCGUUGUCGAGUCGGCCCUGGACGACCUGGACCUGAACGACUUCGGCGUGCUGGCGUUGGAGAGGAGCUUGGAGAGCAGCUCCACUCUGCCCAGCGUGGGAGUUAUGCUGGGGGGCAGCCAGCUCCAGAGCUCCGCCCCCGUCAACAUCCCGGGAUCCUUCAGCAGCUCGGCUCCCUUCAGCUCGCCCUCCCCCUCCCCCCCAGUACGGCCACACGCCUCGCCCUUCUUCCCUUCUCACCUGUCGCAGCCCGGCCAAUCAGAGAGCCCCUUCCUGGGCCCGUCGCACAGCUCUCUAGGACUGAAUGGGAUGAGCACAAACAUCUGGGAGCACUUCCCGUCGGGCCAGGGUUCUCCGGGCACCCCCCCGGCCCUGCUGCCCGCUGGCCCCUGUGCGGAGACCUCCAGGCUGAAGCAGGAGCUGGAGGACGCCCACCGGGCGCUGAAGCAGUGGGGCCACAGCUGGAGGCACACCGCUCAGUCCUGGGCGGCGCUGAAGGCGGACGCGGAGGAGUCGCGGGCCAACGCGGCGCGGCUGGCCGUGGAGGCGGAGCGGGCCAGGCAGGCGGAGGAGGAGGCGCACCGGCAGCUGGGCCUGCUGCAGGAGGCGGUGGAGAGCCUACGCAGCGGAGACAACCCCCACCGGGCCCUGCACCAGCUGCAGCUGCUGCACCGCCUGCCCCUGGAGUCCGUCCUCAGUUUACAGGCCCAGCUCUGCAGCUGCCUACACGCCGUGGAACAGGUGGUGUACAGGAAGCAGCGGCAGAGCUGCGUGGGCUGUGGGGAGCCGGGCUCGCUGGCGCUGCCCUGCGGCCACGGCCUGCAGUGCGACGGCUGCUCCGCCUCCGCCGAGUGCCCGCUCUGCCCCCAACACACCCCCGAGCAGCUCUCCUGA